AUGGACGUUGGGGAACUUCUGAGCUACCAGCCCAACAGGGGCACAAAACGUCCCCGGGAUGAUGAAGAGGAAGAGCUGAAGAUGCGUCGGAGACAAGCUGGUACUCGAGAGCGUGGCCGCUAUCGGGAGGAGGAGAUGACUGUGGUGGAAGAAGCAGAUGAUGACAAAAAACGGCUGCUUCAGAUUAUCGACAGAGAGGGUGAGGAAGAAGAAGAAGAGGAGGAACCAUUGGAUGAAAGCUCAGUGAAGAAAAUGAUCCUGACAUUUGAAAAAAGAUCAUACAAAAACCAAGAGUUGCGGAUCAAGUUUCCAGACAAUCCAGAGAAGUUUAUGGAAUCUGAGCUGGACCUCAAUGACAUCAUUCAGGAGAUGCACGUGGUGGCCACCAUGCCAGACCUGUACCACCUUCUGGUAGAGCUGAAUGCUGUUCAGUCUCUUCUCGGGCUGCUUGGACAUGAUAAUACAGAUAUCCUUUCAGAUCUGUCCUCAGUAGGAAGGCGGACUUGGUGGAGGACGGUGGUUGAUUUGCUUCAGGAAUUAACAGACAUAGACACCCUCCACGAAAGUGAAGAAGGCGCAGAAGUGCUCACUGAUGCUCUGGUGGACGGGCAGGUGGUCGCAUUGCUCGUGCAGAAUCUGGAGCGUCUGGACGAGUCUGUGAAGGAAGAGGCGGAUGGUGUCCACAACACUCUGGCUAUUGUGGAAAACAUGGCUGAGUUCCGGCCGGAGAUGUGCACAGAGGCCGCCCAGCAGGGUCUUCUGCAGUGGCUGCUGAAGAGGCUGAAGGCAAAGAUGCCCUUCGAUGCCAACAAACUGUAUUGUAGUGAAGUGCUGGCCAUAUUGCUCCAGGACAACGAUGAAAACAGGGAAUUGCUUGGGGAGCUGGAUGGAAUUGAUGUGCUUCUUCAGCAGUUAUCCGUGUUUAAAAGACACAAUCCUAGCACAGCCGAGGAGCAGGAGAUGAUGGAAAAUCUGUUUGAUUCCCUCUGUUCCUGCCUAAUGCUGAGUUCCAAUCGUGAGCGCUUCCUAAAGGGCGAGGGUCUUCAGCUGAUGAAUCUCAUGCUAAGAGAAAAGAAGAUCUCCCGGAGCAGUGCCCUGAAAGUGCUGGACCAUGCCAUGAUUGGACCCGAGGGCACAGACAACUGCCACAAGUUUGUUGACAUUCUUGGCUUACGAACCAUCUUUCCCCUUUUCAUGAAGUCUCCCAGGAAGAUCAAGAAAGUGGGGACCACUGAGAAAGAACAUGAAGAGCAUGUCUGUUCGAUCCUCGCUUCCCUCCUGCGGAACCUGAGAGGGCAGCAGCGGACCCGGCUUCUGAAUAAAUUCACUGAAAAUGACAGUGAGAAGGUUGACAGGCUGAUGGAAUUGCAUUUUAAGUAUCUGGAUGCAGUGCAGGUGGCCGACAAGAAGAUUGAAGGGGAAAAACACGACAUGGUCCGGCGUGGAGAGAUCAUAGACAACGACAUCGAGGAUGAGUUCUACCUCCGGCGCUUGGAUGCCGGGCUGUUUGUCCUCCAGCACAUCUGCUACAUCAUGGCAGAGAUCUGUAAUGCCAAUGUGCCCCAGAUUCGCCAGAGGGUUCACCAGAUCCUGAAUAUGCGUGGAAGCUCCAUCAAAAUCGUCAGGCACAUCAUCAAGGAGUACGCGGACAACAUCGGGGAUGGCCGGAGCCCCGAGUUCCGGGAGAGCGAGCAGAAGCGCAUCCUGGCCUUGCUGGAGAACUUCUAG